UUUUAUGAUUGAAAAGCUAGUUGGUAAGUUUGACUUAAACACAACAUCAUGAUGCUAAUAGGGUUUGACCCAGAAACAUUCGCUAAUGUGAUUGACUCUAUCUGGCACCCAAAAUUCCUGAUUGAACAUCAAAAAGCCAAAGUUAUGCCAACCAAAGGCUUUUGUAACGAAAUCCUAAAACGAUCUAAAGCAACCUAUUCCACUGUUCAAAUUAGCCUUUUUUACGUCUUUCGUGUCAAAAAAGUCGUUCAUGAAAAACUCUAUCAACGCAUUCAAUCUAAUUCAUGCAACAUGCAGACCAACACGCAAAUGGAUGACUUGCAGUGCUGCGGACGACGCAUGUUUCUUGCUUCCCUGAUGGUGGCCAGCAAGUACCUUCACGAUAAAAAUUAUCACAACAAGGCGUGGGCCAAAAUCACCGGCCUUGAUAUCAAAGAAAUCAAUGCUGCGGAAAUGGCUUUUCUAAAGCUGAUUGACUACAGACUCCAUGUCAGUAAACCCACAUUUGACAGAUGGUAUACACAACUCCAUGGACAUAUCCAAAAGGGAUUCAAACACACGAUGAAUAAGCCCAUGGUCAACACACCACCCACAGUGUGUCAGUCACCUUCUUCAGUCAUCAACACAAAUGCGGUUCAUCAUGCGAUGAUUCACCAGAAUUAUCCCUCACCACCACCUGAUGAAUCCAGUUUGACAUCACCACCCACAAUGGAGACAAAACCUGCUUGUUAUCAACGUACUGAUUCAGGCGUUUCUUUUGAUAUUCUUUCCCCACCUUCCUCUCAACACACAGGAACAAAGAGAUCGUUUGAUCAAGACGAAGCAACUUGUUUUGCAAAACGUCUUUGUCAAUAAAUUCAAGUUUUCUGCUAUUCCCAUACACACCAUU